AUGGAGUUGGACAGCAUACAUAUGGACUCACCGAAAUCUAUCGCUGACAAGGAACAGGUGAUUAACGACAGCAAAGACAAGACCGAAGGAGACUCGCCCGCCACUGGAGAUGACUCACAAACGGUACAGACUGAAAAUAACGAGAUUACCAAGAACUCCAAUGAUAGUGAAAAAAUUACAAAGGAUGUUAGCAGUGAAAGGAAUUCACCCGCGAAAAGUUGUUCUUGA